AAAGGAUACAAUCGUUCGUCAUAUUCAAAAACAUCGGUGCCGUGUACCACAGGCGUGCGAGGCUCAAGACCCAGAGACGGCAGCUCCAGACCUACCAGGCCCGCCGGCUCCGCCUCCUCCGCCUGCCGCACAUGUUCACCCCGAUCGCGGAGAUCUCCAAUGGUGUGAAGUGCAGCGCGGAGGGCCCCCCCGAGGGACGGACCAACGAGGAGAAGGAGACGACUCCCAACGGCAAGCUCCAGUCCUUGAUGUGCCGCCUGCUACUUCAGCACGAAGCCGCACACCAGGCCGCGGCCCGAGACGACAACCUGACGCUGACCUUGAAGGAAGGCCAGAAGCUAGAGGUGGCGCUGGAGACGGGCUACUAGGAGUACGUGCGAGUGGGCAAGUCCGCUCGAGAGGGCGAAGACUUCAAGGGCCACCCGAUGGGCAAGAAGCCAGAUGCCCUCCUGAAUAUGGUCGUUUUUCGGAUCUCCGAGGCCGCAGCCACCAACCGCGAGUGGCUGAUGAAGGCAAUCGAGCAGGGCCCCCACUCACAGGCGGCCGCCGAGGCCGUCGGUGUUCUAGAGAGGUGGGGCCAGCUCGUUCAGAAUCCAGACGCGAUCUUGAAGGCCACCAGAUGCUUCAAGAUCAGGCUCAACACCGAGGGCGAGGAUCAGGUGCGCUGGAUCUUCGCGUGCAACCACCACCCCGACCUGAAGACCGCCCUGAAAGUGCUGCGCCUCAACGGAGGCAUGGAGUCCGUGGCGAUCCUACUCGGUCACGAUCGCGGCCCGAGGUCAAAAGUAGCAAAGCAGAUCGAGCAUCUCGCCUUCAGGGACGAUGGCAAGACGAAGUCCGCAGGCAAGAAGGAGUCCAGGAAGUAGCUGUGCCUCGCCCCCGCGUCCGUGGAGCCCGUGGAGCCCAGGCGCCCUCGAGCCUCACAUUGGCGGCCAUUUUUGAUCGACAGAGGUCAGCGGCGGGACGAUAGCUUGGCAGUUUUGUGCGUUCUAGUUGGGUCUGAACGCAUACCUCCACAUCAAAUUUCUGACGUUGGUGAGCGACGUUGGCGUGGAGCUCAGGAUUUGCCUCAUUUUCGUGUCUGGGUCCGUGGGCGGACCGAGCAUGCCAAUGAGAUCGAGGGUGUACCCUGAGGCUCCGCUCGUGCCGCCGUCGCCGCCUGCUUCUCCUUCGGUCUUGUUUCCUCGAUCGCCCUGUUUGGGAGGUGCUGCCCCGAGGCCCUAGGGGGGGUCCGAGGGCCGCGCCCGUAGUGCCGCCUCCGCAGAGGCGGGGGCGCGUGGGUGCGGGGCCCUGGCUCCCCGAUCUUCUCGCGCGUUCCUGUCCUGGGCCCAUCAUCUAAAAUGCAGGUUUUGAGAUGCGCCGAUUCCGGUAGGUUUUCUAUGGCCUCGCACGAAGCGUCCGAUUGAGCGUGCUUGGGCGCAGUGCUGUGAAAAAAG